UGCUCGGCCUCCCUCGGCCUCGCCUGCCCCGAUGGUGCCUCGCGGAGCCCGGGCUGCGGGCGCCGCGGCUCCCGCGUGCUGAGAGCGCGCCCGGAGGACCAUGCGGGCGCCGCGCCGCGGCUUCUGCCCGGGUCUCCGCCGGCCCCGCGCCCUGCUGCCGCCGCUGCUGCCGCUGCUGCUGCUGCUGCUGCCGCCGCCGACGCCGACGCGGCCCUGGGCCGAGGCCUCGCCCGAGCCGGGGCCCCCGGAGCUCCGGACGCUGCCGCCGCUGCCGCCGGGCCCCACGGCCGCGCACCCCCCGGGCCGCGCCGCCGACGGCGCCAAUGGCAGCAGCCCCGGGGCGGGCCCGGCGGGCGAGGGCGGCGGCGCGGGGGGCGGCCUGGCCGUCAGCCCCAACCCGGCCGACAAGCCCAUGACCCAGCGGGCCCUGACCGUGCUGGUGGUGGUCAGCGGCGCCGUGCUCGUCUACUUCGUCGUCCGCACGGUCAGGAUGAGGAGAAGAAACCGGAAGACUAGGAGAUACGGAGUUUUGGAUACUAACAUAGAAAACAUGGAACUGACGCCUUUAGAACAAGAUGAUGAGGAGGAAGAUAACACUCUGUUUGAUGCCAAUCAUCCUCGAAGAUAAGAAUGUGCCUUUUGAUGAGAGGAUUUCAUCUUUCUACAGUGAAGAGAAUUUCUAUGUUUAAGGAAUAAGAAGCCACUUUAUCAAAGGGGGAGGGUAUUUAAGUUACAUAUAUUAUGAUAACCUUUAAUUUGUUGUUGUAGAAAAUACUGUAUCUUUUUGUUAUGUCUGUGUGUCUAAAAGCUCUUAAUGAGCUUGGGAGUAAACUGUACUAUAAUAGAAAUAUGUUUGAAAAUUACUUUAAGGCGGUGUUUUUUGAUCAGUUUUUUUUUAUCAUAUUGUAAAUUGUGUUCUAAACUAAUCAGUUAAUACUAAUUACUUUGCUGGCAUUGUAUUUUAAAGAAUAGAAAAUAUCAACAACCAACUGGUAUGCAAAACUAAUUAAAUAUUUUCUUUACCAAGAUGUUUCCCCGUUCUUAUGGGGAAAAGCCAAAAUUAUUUGCAUUUGUGUUUUUUAAAUAUUGAUAAAUAUCUGAGUUAUUGUAUGCAAAACAAUAAAUAUGACUUAAAAUCU